AUGAUGGUGAUGGUGCUCAUGGUGAUGAUGUUUGUUUUUCAGGAGCCGAUGGCAACAAAAACAUGGGAGGAGGAGAAGGGAGCAAAAACAUGGGAAGGGACGACUCUAAGGACAAGAAGUUCCAAACCUCCCACGCCACCUGUUCGUUCUUCGGCGCGGGUUCGGUGCGCACCUUCGACGGGGAGCUCUUCUCAGCGCAGCGCCUGUGCCCGCUGACGCUGGCGCAGGACUGCGAGGGCCUCUACUUCGGGGUCGAGGUCGCCGUGCGGGACGCGAACCGCGCCGGGGACGUCACCGUGCGCCUCGCUCAGGACACCGUCACGUUCCACCCCAGUGGGUCAGAGGGGGGGGCAGGAGUCAGCCUCAAUGGGAAGAGAGUGGAGUGUCCGUUCGAGGGCGACGGUUUCAUGGUGAAGGGGAGCGGCGCCUUCAAAAGCCUCACGGCCAAAACCAUCGGCCUCGAUGUGGCCUGGGGGGAGGACGCGGUCACGAUCCAAGUGAACAAGAAAUUCGCCAAGUCGAUGUGCGGCGUCUGUGGCAACUACGACGGCAACAAGGACCUCAAGAUCGACAACCCUGGCCAGAUGAAGCAAUUCCUCAAAGAGAGCAUGGACAAUCAGAACGGGUGCCUCGAAUAUAAAUACCACCAUCCCUCCAAGUCUCAAUGCUCGUCGUGGCUCGAGGCGUUUGGCGACUGCGUGGAGGAGCGCUCGGGCUACAGCGCGCUGUGCGAACAGAGCGAGGCUGCCGAAGGUGGCGAUGGUGCCGAUGGUGGUCACAGCGGCGGUCACAGCGGCGGCCACAGUGGUGGUCACGUGGCUGGCCACGGCGCCUGUGGCAGCCUGGCUGAGUACGCGCGUCAGUGCGGACGUCACGGUGGCGGUGGAGGUCAAGGGGCACUGCGCGGAUGGAGGGCGCAAGUUGGAUGCGCCGCCCCGUCGUGCCCCGAGGGAGAGGAGUUUCACGACUGCGGCUCCCCCUGCGAGAAGAGCUGCGCCAACCCCAGCGGGGCCAUCAGCUGCGACGAGGCGUGUGUGCCGGGAUGCUUCUGCCCCGAGGGCACGGUGAGGGAUGACCACGGCGAGUCUCACCGCUGCAUCUCGCAGGCGGAGUGCCCGUGCAAGUACGAGGAGCAGCUGCACCACGCCGGGGACUCGCUGGAGGACGGGUUCAACGCCUGCACGUGCACGGGGGGCCAGUGGCUGUGCGACGCGAGGGAGCAGCAGGCCGAGUGUUCGCUGGAGGGCGGCAGCCACGUGAAGUCCUUCGACUCGGCAGCGUUCAGCUUCCACAGCGAAGGCGACUUCAUCCUCUGCAUGAAGGACAAGUGGAUGGUCCACGCUCGCCUGCGGCAGGAGGAGGAUGAACUCCCCAGCCUGGCCGCAAUCCUCUUCACGUCCACCUCGGAGAAGUUGGAGAUCGACAGCGAGGGGAAGAUGUUCCUCAACGACCUGCCGCUGCCACUACCCUACCACUCAGAUUCGGUGAAGGUCUACCGGCCCAGCUCCAGCUUCAUCCACCUGCAGGCGCGGCUCGGCCUCAAGGUGGAGGUGCAGGUGAAGCCGGUGAUGCAGGUCUACCUGGCGCCCUCCGCCGAACACAAGGGCAGGCUCAAGGGGAUGUGCGGCAACUACAACGGGCAGGAGGCGGACGACUUCACGUCGCCACAGAACAUCGUGGAGGCGACCGGGGAGAGUUUCGCCGCCUCGUGGAACACAGCGGCAGCGGCAGCAGCGGUGAUCGUGGUGCCCAACCUCUGCAGAGACAAGGAGCUGAGCAAGCGCUGCGACGUUUCGGACCACCCCAUCUUCAAGAAGUGCCUCAAGCACGUCGACUUUGAACCCUUCAAGAAGAACUGCGAGAUGGACGUCUGCCACUCCACGAGCCGGAGCCGGGAGAAGUUUUGUGGUGCGCUGGGCUCCCUGGCGCGAGCCUGUGGCAGGCGCGGCGUCCCCGUCGCCAACUGGGGCAGCGGCGUCUGUGAAGAGUCGUGCCCGGCUGGGCAGCUGCUGGGCGAGGCUCCGAGCGCCUGCUCCAAGACCUGCCACGGGUUUGUGGAGCACGCCGCCUGCGACGGAGACGUCCCCUACUCCGGCUGCCUGUGCCCCGAGGGGCAGCUGCUGGAGCCCGAGGGCAGCUGCGUGCCUCCCGAGGGCUGCCCCUGCUACGCGGGAAACCGCGUGGUUCCACCCGGUCAGAGCUACGAGAGCGGCAGUCAGAGAUGCGUGUGCAAGUCCGGAGUACUCCACUGUGAAAACCCCAAGCAGCAGCAGCAGCAAGAGGUGUGUGGGAAGCCCCAGGUCUACGUGAACUGCUCGGCGCUGCCCGACGGAGACCUGGGCAAGGCCUGCGAGAGGAGCUGCCGCUCGCUCAGCCUGCCCUGCGUGGCCGUGGUGUGCGAGUCUGGCUGCACCUGUGCUCCCGGGCUGGUCUUGGACGAUGGAGGCUUCUGCGUUGCGCCCGAGGACUGCCCCUGCCUGCACAACGGCCGCGUCUACGGAAAGGGCGAGUCCGUCAACCUCGACUGCAACGAGUGUGUGUGCAGUGGCGGCGUGUGGAGCUGCACCGUCCAGCCGUGCCCCGGAGCCUGCAAGAUGUACGGGGACGGCCACUACGUCACCUUCGACGGCAAGCGCUUCGUGUUCGACGGCAAGUGCGACUACGGCGUCGUGCAGGACUACUGCGCCAACCAGGAGGGCAGCUUCCAGAUCAUCACGGACAACGAGGACUGUGGCACGGCGGGCACCACCUGCUCCAAGUCGGUGCGCUUCUUCAUCAAGGCCUACAACGUGGAGGUUCAGAUGGCGGACGGGGACGUGACGGUGGUUCCCGUGGGCGGAGACGGCGUCCUCCCCGACGUCAACUCGCUGAGCGUCCACUCGGUGGGGCUCUACCGCAUCGUGCAGACCGCCAUCGGAGUCAUGGUCAUGUGGGACCGGCGCACGAGCAUCUUCGUCAAGCUCGACUCCAAGUACAAGGGCAAGGUGUGCGGCCUGUGCGGCAACUUCAACGGCGACGUUCGUGACGACUUCACGACGCGCGGAGGCUCCUCCGUGGCGAGCGCCAUCGACUUCGGCAACAGCUGGAAGAGCAAGGAGUCGUGCAGCACCGUGACGGACGACGCUCAGCCGUGCGCCAGCAACCACUACCGCCUCGCCUGGGCGCAGCGCAAGUGCAACAUCCUGCAGAGCGACAUCUUCCAAGACUGCCACAGCCACGUGGACCGCGCUCCCUUCUUCGAGGCGUGCGUGCGCGACUCGUGCGCCUGCGACUCGGGCGGCGAUUGCGAGUGCUUCUGCACCGCCGUGGCGUCCUACGCCCAGGCCUGCAACGAGGCCGGCAUCUGCGUCAAGUGGAGGACGCCCGACCGCUGCCCGGUGUUCUGCGACUUCUUCGACCAGGACGACGGCGACUGCACGUGGCACUACAGCCCGUGCGGGAACCUGCCGCUCACCUGCAAGGAGCGGGCGCAGGCCGGCGCCAUCCCCCUGCCCGCCAUGGAAGGAUGCUUCCCGCACUGCCCGUCCGAGUCACCGUACCUGGAUGAGAACACGAUGCGCUGUGUGCGCAAAGAGGAAUGCAGCUGCUUCUUCGGAGACCAAGAAAUUCCAGCCGGUGGAGAGAUCACUCUGUCGGAGACCUGCCAAAUCUGCACGUGCGAGAACGCCAACCUGACCUGCUCCGAACCAGCCGGCUGCUGUUACGAUGGACAGUUGUACGACCUGGGAGGAGUAAUCGCGAACGAAACGGACAGCGUUGGAGUCUGCACGUACCUCACAUUGUGUACCCCCGGUGGCCACGUGGACUACAACCAGUACUGCAUAGCCACUUCCGCGCCAACCUCCAUCAUCCUAACAACACCGAUGACGAGGCCGGUGAUUUUCUCAACCCUUGAGCCUCCCGUGAAAGUGACGGAGGUUAAGCCGCCGGAAAACACACCGCCUCCACCGCCAGAAGUAAAGACAUCACCACCAUCAUCAGGAGAAAAGACACCACCGCCAUCAUCAGGAGAAAAGACACCACCGCCAUCAUCAGGAGAAAAGACACCACCGCCAUCAUCAGGAGAAAAGACACCACCGCCAUCAUCAGGAGAAAAGACACCACCGCCAUCAUCAGGAGAAAAGACACCACCGCCAUCAUCAGGAGAAAAGACACCACCGCCAUCGUCAGGUGAAAAGACACCACCGCCAUCAUCAGGUGAAAAGACACCACCACCAUCAUCAGGAGAAAAGACACCACCUCCAUCAUCAGGAGAAAAAACACCACCGCCAUCAUCAGGAGAAAAGACACCACCGCCAUCAUCAGGAGAAAAGACACCACCGCCAUCAUCAGGAGAAAAGACACCACCUCCAUCAUCAGGAGAAAAGACACGACCGCCAUCAUCAGGAGAAAAGACACCACCGCCAUCAUCAGGAGAAAAGACACCACCGCCAUCAUCAGGAGAAAAGACACCACCUCCAUCAUCAGGAGAAAAGACACCACCUCCAUCUUCAGGAGAAAAGACACCACCGCCAUCAUCAGGAGAAAAGACACCACCGCCAUCAUCAGGAGAAAAGACACCACCGCCAUCAUCAGGAGAAAAGACACCACCGCCAUCGUCAGGUGAAAAGACACCACCGCCAUCAUCAGGUGAAAAGACACCACCUCCAUCAUCAGGAGAAAAGACACCACCGCCAUCAUCAGGAGAAAAGACACCACCGCCAUCGUCAGGUGAAAAGACACCACCGCCAUCAUCAGGAGAAAAGACACCACCGCCAUCAUCAGGAGAAAAGACACCACCGCCAUCUUCAGGAGAAAAGACACCACCGCCAUCAUCAGGAGAAAAGACACCACCGCCAUCGUCAGGUGAAAAGACACCACCGCCAUCAUCAGGUGAAAAGACACCACCUCCAUCAUCAGGAGAAAAGACACCACCGCCAUCAUCAGGUGAAAAGACACCACCGCCAUCAUCAGGUGAAAAAACACCACCUCCAUCAUCAGGAGAAAAGACACCACCUCCAUCAUCAGGAGAAAAGACACCACCGCCAUCAUCAGGAGAAAAGACACCACCGCCAUCAUCAGGAGAAAAGACACCACCGCCAUCAUCAGGUGAAAAGACACCACCUCCAUCAUCAGGAGAAAAGACACCACCGCCAUCAUCAGGAGAAAAGACACCACCGCCAUCAUCAGGAGAAAAGACACCACCGCCAUCAUCAGGAGAAAAGACACCACCGCCAUCAUCAGGAGAAAAGACACCACCGCCAUCAUCAGGAGAAAAGACACCACCGCCAUCAUCAGGAGAAAAGACACCACCGCCAUCAUCAGGUGAAAAGACACCACCGCCAUCAUCAGGUGAAAAGACACCACCGCCAUCAUCAGGUGAAAAGACACCACCGCCAUCAUCAGGAGAAAAGACACCACCGCCAUCAUCAGGAGAAAAGACACCACCGCCAUCGUCAGGAGAAAAGACACCACCGCCAUCAUCAGGUGAAAAGACACCACCGCCAUCAUCAGGUGAAAAGACACCACCGCCAUCAUCAGGUGAAAAGACACCACCGCCAUCAUCAGGAGAAAAGACACCACCGCCAUCAUCAGGAGAAAAGACACCACCACCAUCGUCAGGAGAAAAGACACCACCGCCAUCGUCAGGAGAAAAGACACCACCGCCAUCUUCAGGAGAAAAGACACCACCACCAAAACAAGAGACGACUAAAGUGUCACCCACGAAACCGCCACACGUGAAGACGACUAAAAAUCAACCCACUGAAAAACCACCUAAACCAACACCACAUUUACCACCACCGCCGCCACCACCACGGACUACAAAAGUGUCGCCCACCAAGCCUCCACCCAAGUUGACUACCACGGCAUCAACAACUCAGAGCAACGACUGCAGUGCUCUGAGCCCACCACGAAAGCGUGGAGAGUCGUGGGAUGCUCCCAACUGCAUGGUGGCCACGUGCGUAGGCUUCGGCUCAGUGGUGAACAUGGUGAAGAGGCCCUGUGUGGUGCUGCCUCCGCCCACGUGCGUCUCUGGACGUAAAGCCGUGAGCGUGCUCAACGCCGACGGCUGCUGCUCCCACUGGGAAUGCGACUGCCUCUGCACGGGCUUCGGAGACCCCCACAUGCGCACGUUCGACGGAGCGAAGUUCUCCGUGCUGGACCCGUGCAGCUACGUGCUGCUGCAGGAGAAGCAGAAGACCUAUGACCUCUCCAUCAGCGCCGACUUCUUCGACUGCGACGCUCGCAACCACGUGUCGUGCCCCCGCACGCUCAUCAUCGUCUACAAGGGCAACGAGCUGCGUGUCGGCCUCGCCUCCGAGGUCGACUUCGCCCUGCGAAAGAUCCAGCUGAACGGGCAGACGAAGAAGGCUCCGUUCACCGACAAGGGCUUCCAGGUGACGUCGGUGAAGACGGACGACUUCGUGGUGAUCGCCGACAUCCGCGUCAAGAUCCAGUUCAACGGCCUGGGCUUCCUCAUCGACGUGCCCAGGGAGCUGUUCGGAGACAACACGGAGGGACAGUGCGGGAUGUGCAACAACAACGUCGGGGACGACUGCGCCGGGCGGGACGGGGUGGCGCGCAUCGCCAAGUGCUGCUUGAAGACGGCGCAGGACUGGCUCAUCAGCAACGGGCGGUCGCAGUGCGCGAGGCCCGACCUGCCGCCCGGCACCGACUGCACGCCGCCGCCGCCACCGCCCUCGGACUGCAAGGAAGCCAAGAUCUGCGACACACUCAUCCUCGAGAACCUGAAGUCGUGCAAGGACGACGUGGACCUGAGCGGGUACCACGAGGGCUGCAAGUUCGACCACUGCGUCGUGAACCGCACAGAGAUCGACUGCUCCAGCGCGCAGACGGCCGCGGCGGAGUGCGGUCGCGUGGGGAAGUGCGUCGACUGGAGGUCGCUGUCCCGCGGACAUUGCCCGUUCAAGUGCCCUGGCAACAUGGUCUACAAGCCGUGCGAGGCCAAGAUUUCCAAAGUGUGCGGUGUCAGCAGUGGUGAAGAGAAGAACUUCUGGGUGGGCGAAGGCUGCUUCUGUCCAGAAGGACAGAUGCUCUCAGAGGCGGGCUCCUCCACCUGCGUGAGCAACUGUCCAAAGCCACCGCCAACCGAGGCGCCACCCACCAAACCACCCAAGGAGCCAACCCAUGCCCCACCCACCAAGCCACCAAAGGAGCCAACUCAAGUGCCACCCACCAAACCACCCAAGGAGCCAACCCAUGCCCCACCCACCAAGCCACCAAAGCCAGAAACGACCAAAUCCCCACCACCAAUUUGCUUGGGGUCCUGGUCUCAGUGGAACAACGUGCAUCAGCCAACGUUUGGCAGUGAAGGAGGAGAAUUAGAAAGUUACGAAAACAUCGUGAACUCGGGAAAUGUUGUGUGCAGUCCUGGCUAUUCGGUGGCAAAUAUUGACUGCAGAGCUGUCCAGUUCCCUGAAUAUUCAUGGAAGUUGCUAGGGCUCAAAGCCACUUGUAACAAGGAUUCAGGCUUCAGAUGCUUAAAUGAGCACCAGAGUCCUCCAAUCUGCUACGACUUCGAAGUUCGUUUUUGCUGCUUAGAACAAAGCACGACCGAAGCACCGCCAUCAUCUGGAGAAAAGACACCACCGCCAUCAUCAGGAGAAAAGACACCACCUCCAUCAUCAGGAGAAAAGACACCACCGCCAUCAUCAGGAGAAAAGACACCACCACCAUCAUCAGGAGAAAAGACACCACCGCCAUCGUCAGGAGAAAAGACACCACCACCAUCAUCAGGAGAAAAGACACCACCGCCAUCGUCAGGAGAAAAGACACCACCACCAUCAUCAGGAGAAAAGACACCACCUCCAUCAUCAGGAGAAAAGACACCACCGCCAUCAUCAGGAGAAAAGACACCACCGCCAUCAUCAGGAGAAAAGACACCACCGCCAUCAUCAGGAGAAAAGACACCACCGCCAUCGUCAGGAGAAAAGACACCACCGCCAUCAUCAGGAGAAAAGACACCACCGCCAUCUUCAGGAGAAAAGACACCACCGCCAUCAUCAGGAGAAAAGACACCACCUCCAUCAUCAGGAGAAAAGACACCACCGCCAUCAUCAGGAGAAAAGACACCACCACCAUCAUCAGGAGAAAAGACACCACCGCCAUCAUCAGGAGAAAAGACACCACCGCCAUCAUCAGGAGAAAAGACACCACCGCCAUCGUCAGGAGAAAAGACACCACCUCCAUCGUCAGGAGAAAAGACACCACCGCCAUCAUCAGGUGAAAAGACACCACCGCCAUCAUCAGGAGAAAAGACACCACCGCCAUCAUCAGGUGAAAAGACACCACCGCCAUCAUCAGGAGAAAAGACACCACCUCCAUCAUCAGGAGAAAAGACACCACCUCCAUCGUCAGGAGAAAAGACACCACCGCCAUCGUCAGGUGAAAAGACACCACCGCCAUCAUCAGGAGAAAAGACACCACCGCCAUCAUCAGGAGAAAAGACACCACCGCCAUCAUCAGGAGAAAAGACACCACCGCCAUCAUCAGGAGAAAAGACACCACCGCCAUCAUCAGGAGAAAAAACACCACCUCCAUCAUCAGGAGAAAAAACACCACCGCCAUCAUCAGGAGAAAAGACACCACCGCCAUCAUCAGGAGAAAAGACACCACCGCCAUCGUCAGGAGAAAAAACACCACCUCCAUCAUCAGGUGAAGAGACAACUCAGGUGUCACCCACUAAACCUCCGAAGCAGGAAACAACGAAACCCUCACCACCAGAACGACCGGAGUGCUCAGAGACAUGGACUCGGUGGUACAACGUGCAUCAGCCAACACUUGGCAGUGAAGGAGGAGAAUUUGAAAGCUACCAAAGUAUCGUGGACACAGGUGCAGUUGUUUGCAAGCCUGGUUAUUCAGUGGAAAGUAUUGACUGCAGAGCAACCGAUUUCCUGGAUUACCCAUGGCAGAUGUUAGGGCUCAAAGCCACCUGUAACGUGAAGGCGGGCUUCAGUUGCUGGAACGAAGACCAAUUCCCACCACGCUGUAAUGACUUUGAAGUUCGUUUUUGCUGCUUAGAACAGAUACCAACUGAAGUACCCAUCACUACCAACGUGUCACCCACUGAACAACUACCAGAACCGACAGAAGUACCAUCAUCAGAAGAAUCAUCAGGAGAAGAACCGACAUCACUCCCAUCAUCAGAAGAAAAGACACCACCGCCAUCAUCAGGAGAAAAGACACCACCGCCAUCAUCAGGAGAAAAGACACCACCGCCAUCAUCAGGAGAAAAGACACCACCGCCAUCAUCAGGAGAAAAGACACCACCGCCAUCAUCAGGAGAAAAGACACCACCGCCAUCGUCAGGAGAAAAGACACCACCUCCAUCAUCAGGAGAAAAGACACCACCGCCAUCGUCAGGAGAAAAGACACCACCGCCAUCAUCAGGAGAAAAGACACCACCGCCAUCAUCAGGAGAAAAGACACCACCUCCAUCAUCAGGAGAAAAGACGCCACCACCAUCAUCAGGUGAAAAGACACCACCGCCAUCAUCAGGAGAAAAGACACCACCGCCAUCUUCAGGAGAAAAGACACCACCGCCAUCAUCAGGUGAAAAGACACCACCGCCAAAAGAAGAGACGACUAAAGUGUCACCCACAAAACCGCCACACGUGAAGACGACAAAAAAUCAACCCACUGAAAAACCACCUAAACCAACACCACCACAUCUACCACCACCGCCGCCACCACCACCACGGACUACAAAAGUGUCGCCCACCAAGCCUCCACCCAAGUUGACAACCAAAGCGUCAACAACUCCGAGCAACGACUGCAAUGCUCUGAGCCCACCACGAAAGCGUGGAGAGUCGUGGAACGCUCCCAACUGCAUGGUGGCCACGUGCGUAGGCUUCGGCUCAGCAGUCAACUCCGUGAAGAGGCCAUGCGUGGUGCUGCCUCCUCCCACGUGCGUCUCUGGACGUAAAGCCGUGAGCGUGCCCGACGCCGACGGCUGCUGCUCCCACUGGGAAUGCGACUGCCUCUGCACGGGCUUCGGAGACCCCCACAUGCGCACGUUCGAUGGAGCGAAGUUCUCCGUGCUGGACCCGUGCAGCUACGUGCUGCUGCAGGAGAAGCGGAAGACCUACGACCUCUCCAUCAGCGCCGACUUCUUCGACUGCGACGCUCGCAACCACGUGUCGUGCCCCCGCACGCUCAUCAUCGCCUACAAGGGCAACGAGCUGCGCGUCGGCCUCGCCUCCGAGGUCGACUUCGCUCUGCGCAAGAUCCAGCUGAACGGGCAGACGAAGAAGGCUCCGUUCACCGACAAGGGCUUCCAGGUGACGUCGGUGAAGACGGACGACUUCGUGGUGAUCGCCGACAUCCGCGUCAAGAUCCAGUUCAACGGCCUGGGCUUCCUCAUCGACGUGCCCAGGGAGCUGUUCGGAGACAACACGGAGGGACAGUGCGGGAUGUGCAACAACAACGUCGGGGACGACUGCGCCGGGCGGGACGGGGUGGCGCGCAUCGCCAAGUGCUGCUUGAAGACGGCGCAGGACUGGCUCAUCAGCAACGGGCGGUCGCAGUGCGCGAGGCCCGACCUGCCGCCCGGCACCGACUGCACGCCGCCACCGCCGCCACCGCCCUCGGACUGCAAGGAAGCCAAGAUCUGCGACACGCUCAUCCUCGAGAACCUCAAGUCGUGCAAGGACGACGUGGACCUGAGCGGGUACCACGAGGGCUGCAAGUUCGACCACUGCGUCGUGAACCGCACAGAGAUCGACUGCUCCAGCGCGCAGACCGCCGCGGCGGAGUGCGGUCGCGUGGGGAAGUGCGUCGACUGGAGGUCGCUGUCCCGUGGACAUUGCCCGUUCAAGUGCCCUGGCAACAUGGUCUACAAGCCGUGCGUGGCCAAGAUUUCCAAAGUGUGCGGUGUCAGCAGUGCUGAAGAGAAGGACUCUUGGGUGGGUGAAGGCUGCUUCUGUCCAGAGGGACAGAUGCUCUCAGAGGUGGGCUCCUCCACCUGCGUGAGCAACUGUCCAAAGCCACCGCCAACCGAGGCGCCACCCACCAAACCACCAAAGGAGCCAACUCAAGUGCCACCCACCAAGCCACCCAAGGAGCCAACUCAAGUGCCACCCACCAAACCACCCAAGGAGCCAACCCAUGCACCACCCACCAAACCACCCAAGGAGCCAACCCAGGUGCCACCCACCAAACCACCAAAGGAGCCAACUCAAGUGCCACCCACCAAGCCACCAAAGCCAAAAACGACCAAAUCCCCACCACCAAUUUGCUUGGGGUCCUGGUCUCAGUGGAACAACGUGCAUCAGCCAACGUAUAGCAGUGAAGGAGGAGAAUUUGAAAGUUACGAAAACAUCGUAAACUCAGGAAAUGUUGUUUGCAAUCCUGGUUAUGUAGUGGCAAAUAUUGACUGCAGAGCUGCCCAGUUCCCUGAUUACGCAUGGCAGUUGCUAGGGCUCAAAGCCACUUGUAACAAGGAUACAGGCUUCAGAUGCUUAAACGUGGACCAAAGUCCUCCAGUCUGUUACGACUUCGAAGUUCGUUUUUGCUGCUUAGAACAAAGCACGACUGAAGCACCUCCAUCAUCAGGAGAAAAAACACCACCUCCAUCUUCAGGAGAAAAGACACCACCGCCAUCAUCAGGAGAAAAAACACCACCUCCAUCAUCAGGAGAAAAGACACCACCUCCAUCAUCAGGAGAAAAGACACCACCACCAUCAUCAGGAGAAAAGACACCACCACCAUCAUCAGGAGAAAAGACACCACCACCAUCAUCAGGAGAAAAGACACCACCUCCAUCUUCAGGAGAAAAGACGCCACCGCCAUCAUCAGGAGAAAAGACACCACCGCCAUCAUCAGGAGAAAAGACACCACCUCCAUCAUCAGGAGAAAAGACACCACCUCCAUCUUCAGGAGAAAAGACGCCACCGCCAUCAUCAGGAGAAAAGACACCACCACCAUCAUCAGGAGAAAAGACACCACCGCCAUCAUCAGGAGAAAAAACACCACCUCCAUCAUCAGGAGAAAAGACACCACCGCCAUCAUCAGGAGAAAAGACGCCACCGCCAUCAUCAGGAGAAAAAACACCACCUCCAUCAUCAGGAGAAAAAACACCACCUCCAUCAUCAGGAGAAAAGACACCACCGCCAUCAUCAGGAGAAAAGACACCACCGCCAUCAUCAGGAGAAAAGACACCACCGCCAUCAUCAGGAGAAAAAACACCACCUCCAUCUUCAGGAGAAAAGACACCACCGCCAUCAUCAGGUGAAAAGACACCACCGCCAUCAUCAGGUGAAGAGACAACUCACGUGUCACCCACUAAACCUCCGAAGCAGGAAACAACGAAACCCUCACCACCAGAACAACCAGGUUGUUCGGGAACGUGGUCUGAGUGGUAUAACAAACAUCAACCAACGCCUGGCACGGAAGGAGGAGAAUUUGAAAGCUACCAAAGAAUCGUUGAAUCAGGCGAAGUAGUUUGUAAGCCCGGCUAUUCAGUAGGAAACAUUGAUUGCCGAGGAAUUCGGUUCCGUGAUUACGAAUGGCAGUUGUUAGGCCUCAAAGCCACUUGUAACAAGAACACGGGAUUCAGUUGCUGGAACGAAGACCAAUACCCACCAAGCUGCUACGAUUUUGAAGUUCGUUUUUGCUGCUUAGAACAGAUACCAACUGAAGUACCCAUCACUACCAACGUGUCACCCACUGAACAACUACCAGAACCGACAGAAGUACCAUCAUCAGAAGAAUCAUCAGGAGAAGAACCGACAUCACUCCCAUCAUCAGAAGAAAAGACACCACCGCCAUCAUCAGGAGAAAAGACACCACCGCCAUCAUCAGGAGAAAAGACACCACCACCAUCAUCAGGAGAAAAGACACCACCGCCAUCAUCAGGAGAAAAGACACCACCUCCAUCAUCAGGUGAAAAGACACCACCUCCAUCAUCAGGAGAAAAGACACCACCUUCAUCAUCAGGUGAAAAGACACCACCGCCAUCAUCAGGAGAAAAGACACCACCACCAUCAUCAGGAGAAAGGACACCACCACCAUCAUCAGGAGAAAAGACACCACCGCCAUCAUCAGGAGAAAAGACGCCACCACCAUCAUCAGGAGAAAAGACACCACCUCCAUCAUCAGGAGAAAAGACACCACCUCCAUCAUCAGGAGAAAAGACACCACCUCCAUCAUCAGGUGAAAAGACACCACCGCCAUCAUCAGGAGAAAAGACACCACCACCAUCAUCAGGAGAAAAGACACCACCACCAUCAUCAGGAGAAAAGACACCACCACCAUCAUCAGGAGAAAAGACACCACCACCAUCAUCAGGAGAAAAGACACCACCGCCAUCAUCAGGUGAAAAGACACCACCGCCAUCAUCAGGAGAAAAGACACCACCGCCAUCAUCAGGAGAAAAGACACCACCGCCAUCAUCAGGUGAAAAGACACCACCGCCAUCAUCAGGAGAAAAGACACCACCGCCAUCAUCAGGAGAAAAGACGCCACCACCAUCAUCAGGAGAAAAGACACCACCGCCAUCAUCAGGAGAAAAGACACCACCGCCAUCAUCAGGAGAAAAGACGCCACCGCCAUCAUCAGGAGAAAAGACACCACCGCCAUCAUCAGGUGAAAAGACACCACCGCCAUCAUCAGGUGAAAAGACACCACCGCCAUCAUCAGGAGAAAAGACACCACCGCCAUCAUCAGGAGAAAAGACACCACCGCCAUCAUCAGGUGAAAAGACACCACCACCAUCAUCAGGAGAAAAGACACCACCUCCAUCAUCAGGAGAAAAGACACCACCACCAUCAUCAGGUGAAAAGACACCACCUCCAUCAUCAGGAGAAGAGACACCACCGCCAUCAUCAGGAGAAGAGACAUCUCAAGUGCCACCCACUGAACCACCACCAGAACCGACACAACCACAAUCAUCAGAAGAAUCAUCAGGAGACGAACCGACACCACCACCAUCAUCAGGAGAAGAGACACCACCACCAUCUUCAGGAGAAAAGACACCACCGCCAUCAUCAGGAGAAAAGACACCACCGCCAUCAUCAGGUGAAAAGACACCACCGCCAUCAUCAGGUGAAAAGACACCACCGCCAUCAUCAGGAGAAAAGACACCACCGCCAUCAUCAGGAGAAAAGACACCACCGCCAUCAUCAGGUGAAAAGACACCACCACCAUCAUCAGGAGAAAAGACACCACCUCCAUCAUCAGGAGAAAAGACACCACCACCAUCAUCAGGUGAAAAGACACCACCUCCAUCAUCAGGAGAAGAGACACCACCGCCAUCAUCAGGAGAAGAGACAUCUCAAGUGCCACCCACUGAACCACCACCAGAACCGACACAACCACAAUCAUCAGAAGAAUCAUCAGGAGACGAACCGACACCACCACCAUCAUCAGGAGAAGAGACACCACCACCAUCUUCAGGAGAAAAGACACCACCGCCAUCAUCAGGAGAAAAAACACCACCGCCAUCAUCAGGUGAAAAGACACCACCGCCAUCAUCAGGUGAAAAGACACCACCGCCAUCAUCAGGAGAAAAGACACCACCGCCAUCAUCAGGAGAAAAGACACCACCGCCAUCAUCAGGUGAAAAGACACCACCACCAUCAUCAGGAGAAAAGACACCACCUCCAUCAUCAGGAGAAAAGACACCACCACCAUCAUCAGGUGAAAAGACACCACCUCCAUCAUCAGGAGAAGAGACACCACCGCCAUCAUCAGGAGAAGAGACAUCUCAAGUGCCACCCACUGAACCACCACCAGAACCGACACAACCACAAUCAUCAGAAGAAUCAUCAGGAGACGAACCGACACCACCACCAUCAUCAGGAGAAGAGACACCACCACCAUCUUCAGGUGAAAAGACACCACCUCCAUCAUCAGGGGAAGAGACAUCUCAGGUGCCACCCACUCAACCACCACCAGAACCGACACAACUACCAUCAUCAGGAGAAAAGACACCACCGCCAUCAUCAGGAGAAGAACCAACACCACCACCAUCAUCAGAAUGCUCCGGCCGCUGGACCCAGUGGCUCGACGUGAGCAGCCCUUCGCCGGGCGACGACGGCGGCGACUUCGAGACGUUCGACAAGAUGGCGGCGUCACGUGGGCCGCCGUGCGGGCCCAGCCAGCGCGUGGAGAGCGUCGACUGCCGCUCGACGCGCCUGCCCCACGAGCCGCUGUCCGCGAACGGGCAGGCGGUGAGCUGCGACGCCUCGGUGGGCCUCGUGUGCCGCAACGUGGACCAGAGCGGCCCGCUGGGCCUCUGCUACAACUACGAGAUCCGCGUGUGCUGCGCCGAGGUCCCGGCGACCACGGCAGGAGUCGGGACGUCGCUCGGCACGACGGCGGCGCCGCCGGCACCCACGGAGACGGCGGCCGUCACCACGGAGGCCACCACGGAGAUCCGCGUCACGACUCCGUGUUUCUGCACUGCCGGCAAGACGGUCACCCCUGCAGGCGAGGUGCUGUACAACACCACGCAGCGGGACGGCAAGUGCCGUGUGGCCAUCUGCAGGCCGGACUGCUCGGGUGUGGAGGCGAGCGUGGUGCCGUGCCCGGCCACCACGGCCUUCGUCACGGCCGUGCGGACUACCGCUAAGCCUCCGCCCACCAGACCUCCGCCCACCAAGGCUCCGCCCACAAAGCCGCCGCCCACAAAGCCUCCACCAAUCGGCGACUGCGACGCCCUGGUGCCACCUCGCGCGCUCGGAGAGACGUGGAACACGGCCGACUGCAUGGUGGCCACGUGCCUGGGCAGCGGCUCCAAGGUCAGCAUGGAGAAGAGGCCCUGCGUGGAGCUACCGGCGCCCGUGUGCGUCUCCGGGCGCAAGCCCGUGCGCGCCCCGGACGUCGACGGCUGCUGCUUCCACUGGCAGUGCGACUGCCUCUGCACGGGCUACGGAGACCCCCACAUGCGCACGUUCGACGGAGCGAAGUUCACGCUGCUCGACCCGUGCAGCUACGUGCUGCUGCAGGAGAAGCAGAAGACCUACGACCUCUCCGUCAGCGCCGAAUUCUUCGACUGCGACGCUCGUCACCACGUGUCGUGCCCCCGCACGCUCAUCAUCGUCUACAAGGGCAACGAGCUGCGCGUCGGCCUCGCCUCAGAAGUCGACUUCGCCCUGCGCAAGAUCCAGCUGAACGGGCAGACGAAGAAGGCUCCGUUCACCGACAAGGGCUUCCAGGUGACGUCGGUGAAGACGGACGACUUCGUGGUGAUCGCCGACAUCCGCGUCAAGAUCCAGUUCAACGGCCUGGGCUUCCUCAUCGACGUGCCCAGGGAGCUGUUCGGAGACAACACGGAGGGACAGUGCGGGAGGUGCAACAACGACCGCACCGACGACUGCUCCGGGCGGGACGGAGCGUCGCGGCCCGUCGACAACUGCUGCCUGGCCACGGCGCAGGACUGGCUGAUCGCUGACGCCGCGAGGCCGCAGUGCGUGAGGCCCCAGCUGCCGCCCGGCGGGGGAUGCAAGCCGCCGCCGCCACCAGCGGACUGCGAAGGCGCCAAGAUCUGCGACCAGCUGAUCCUGGAGAACUUCAAGUCGUGCAAGGACGACGUGGACCUGAGCGGGUACCACGAGGGCUGCAAGUUCGACCACUGCGUCGUGAACCGCACAGAGAUCGACUGCUCCAGCGCGCAGACGGCCGCGGCGGAGUGCGGUCGCGUGGGGAAGUGCGUCGACUGGAGGUCGCUGUCCCAAGGACGCUGCCCGUUCGAGUGCCCGGGCCAGCUGGUGUACAAGGCGUGCGCAGCCAAGGUGGAGAUCACCUGCGGCGUGGAGACUGCCGAGGAGGGCAGCGUGUGGGUGGGUGAGGGCUGCUUCUGUCCCGAAGGCCAGAAGCUGCAGGAGGCCGGCUCGGACUUGUGCGUGGACGUGUGCCCUGACUGCUGGACAAGCGACCACAUCCCCAAAUACGCUGGUGACACUUGGCUGGAAGGCUGCGACCAGAAGUCCUGCCUGGCUGGUGGACAGGUGAAGUCGUCGGCCGUGCCGUGCCUCCAGCUGACCCCCUCGUGCCCCCCGGGGGUCAACGUCGUCCCGGCCGCUGGUUCCGAUGCCUACCUGCAGAUGGGCCCUGUCCACCACUGCCAGUAA